AUGGCUAGAGCGGCAACCAAGGCAGCCAACGGCGCCAGAAAGACAAAAUCCGAGGGCACCAACAAGAUCACCAAGCGAACCAAGUUCGCCAAAGAUGCGGUGCCCCUCGAGAAGAAGAUUUCCAAAACUUUGGGCAUCUCGAUCUCAACGGCAAAAGAGGCAAUUGCCAACAAGAACGAGAAGCGAGUACUUCGCGGCGAGUGGCCAGCAGAGGAGCUUUUCUUCAAAACCUUCCCAGAGGACUCGGCUUACGAAUACCUGUACACGAUUCUGACAGAGCGCGGAUGGAAAUUCGCCGGGGAACCUUACAAAGGAGACGAUAUGAACGCGCUCGAGAAAGUCAUCAAGAAAGCACAGCCAAAGCGUUGUCUCUGGCUCGUCGAUGAGCAGGAAGCUCAGAUUCUUUCGAAAAUUCCAGCCGACAAUAUCCCGGGAGGACGACACAAGAUUGGAUGCAUUCUUGGCGCAGAAUCAGCUAAUUACAAGACGAACAUCACCAAGAGACUCAAUGACAAGCCGUACUACCCUAAGAGCUACUACCUUCCAGCCGAAAAGGACAGAUUCGAAGCCAGUAUCGCGAAGGAGGAGCAGCCCUUGUGGAUCUACAAGCCGAAAAACGAUUAUGGCGGAUCGGGAUGUCUUGUGUACAAUAUUCACGAUAAGGAAUUCAGACGCAAGAUGGCAAAGAUGAUCCAGUCAAGACGGCAUUUCAUUCUUCAGCGAUACAUCGAGAACCCCCUUCUUUUGGGCGACUACAAGUUUCACCUCCGAGUCUUUCUUGUAAUAACAUCCAUGCAGCCUCUGUGCGGGUACAUGCACACGGGAGGUCAAGUGCUCUUUUCUACCCACAAAUACCGCAGAGACGAAGACUCGCUUGGAGAAAACUUUGACAAGCAUGCUCAUCUCACCAACUGGUCAAUUCAUCACUUGUCCGACAACUUCUCUGCCCUUCUUGAAGACAAACCGGUUGUCGGAAUCGGCUGCGAGUGGCGAUGGCGAAAAUUCAUCUCUUACAUGAAAAGUCGAUUCUCUGAUUUCAAGCCAGAACAAAUUACAUCUCAACUUGUCAGGAUUUCCCGUGACGUCAUGAACGCCAUUGCUGCUCACGACAACGUUAAGCGAAACAUGAAGAAAAUGGUGCAUGGACGUCAUUUCGAAGUCUUCGGCCUCGACGUGAUGAUUGACGAUAAACUCAAAUGCUGGCUGCUCGAAUCGAACAACUCGCCUGGACUUAACAGAUCCCCUGAAAAGGUCCGAGUUCCCGGAAGCAAAAAGACAAGAUUGAAUCCAGGUGCUCGUGGCGCUACUAAGGACACGCACUUCAUCCUUCACGACUUGUUUACCCUACUUAACAUCGACAACUUCAACAAGAAAGGAUCGAAGAAAAACUGGAUCAAGCUCUGA